AUGAAAACAAAGUCAAGACUUAUAACAAAACUGAGAAUUUUCUGUGCUACUGAGUAACAAGCUCAACCUCUCCUGAAAAGUUGUAAAACUUCACCAGUAAAAAAACCAAAAUCUCAAGCAUCAACACAGCCAAGGCUAAUACUAACACGGUUCCGCCAGUAAAACAACCAAACUUAGUCACCGCAGAACAAAUCUGACGCAACAAAGGAAGCGGAAGGUCGUCAAACCGCGCAAGAAGAAAGACAAAAGAGCAGCGGAAGAAGAAGAAGAAGGAGAUGAAGAAGAGGAGGAAGGAGGGCGGGAGCCCCAAGAACAGCAACCGACCGACCGACAGCCGCGCACCACAACUUCGCCUCGCCAGAUGCUAUGCAGACACACUUUUUUCGAUACAAAUAGUUUUCUCCAGGGUUUCGGCAGCUGCGAAAAAAUAGGACGACUGGAAUACAGUUACGCUUAA